UGGACCAAGCAGCAGCCCUGUUGGAUGUGUUUUAUUUUUAUUUUUUUUCCUUCUUCAUCCAGUCGUCUGUGACCGAGGCUGAGCCAGGGUCGGACGUCAACGGUGACCAGACGUCCCGUUCACCGAUACACAACGCCACACCGACCGCCCCACAGUCAUCCGGUUGCCCGCCUGGCGCUGAAGGGAACCUGGGGAAGCUGUAACCCUGACUAACUGAAGCUCCUCCCCCUACCUCCCCUGUCCUUUUCCCUGGUUUGGAUUGGGUCCCUGUGCUGUCGUGCAGUGGAUUGGAGCGCUCUGAUUGGUGGCUGGGUGAGGUGGCCGUCGGGCUGGCGCCGCCUCCCCCCGGGGCCAGCGUGCGCUCCCAGCAGCCUGUGGUGCCCUGCGCCCCUCCUUCCCCCUCACUACGUGCCCGAGCCCAUGCCCAAGCAGGUGGCACCGUGCGUCCACCAGGAGCCAUGUGCCUCCCUCACUCCAUCAACAUGGAGAGCAAGCUGCAGGGGGCGGGACAGGGGGGAGGGGCUUCGCUGGGACCACGCGGGGGAGGUGUGCCCCUGGAGCCCUUUGUACACCAGGUUGGCGGUCACACCAGUAUGAUGCGUUAUGAUGACCACACGGUGUGUAAGCCUCUGAUCAGCAGGGAGCAGCGCUUCUAUGAGUCCCUCCCCCCGGAGAUGAAAGAGUUCACACCUGAGUACAAAGGCGUAGUGUUGGUGUGUUUUGAAGAUGACUCUGAUGGCUACAUCAACCUGGUGGCCUACCCAUACGUGGAGAGCAGCAUGGAGGGAGCAGGAGGGGAGCAUGAGGAGAGAGACACCCCCGAGAGGGACCAGCCUAGGAGGAAGCACUCCCGCCGGAGCCUCCAGCGCUCCUCUUCCUCCUCUGACCACAAAGAGGAGCGGGUGGAGAGGAGGGAGCCGCACGAGAGUGACUCAACGGAGAGCCUGGCAGAGCUGAAGAGUCCCAGGCUGGAUCUGCAGAUUCACUCAGAGAUUCCGUUCCAGAUGUUGGAUGGGAACAGUGGUCUGAGCUCAGAGAAGAUUAGUCACAACCCCUGGAGUCUACGCUGCCAUAAGCAACAGCUCAGCCGCAUGAGGUCCGAGUCCAAGCGCAAACUCUACAAAUUCCUCUUGCUGGAGAACGUGGUCCACCACUUCUCCUACCCCUGCAUCCUGGACCUGAAGAUGGGGACCAGGCAGCAUGGUGAUGAUGCCUCAGCGGAGAAGGCAGCCAGACAAAUGAAGAAAUGUGAGCAGAGCACAUCUGCCACACUGGGAGUCAGGGUCUGUGGCAUGCAGGUCUACCAAAUGGACACUGGCCACUACCUCUGUAGGAACAAGUACUAUGGCCGCGGCCUGUCAAUCGAAGGCUUUCGCGAUGCCCUCUACCAGUACAUGCACAAUGGACAGGGCCUGAGGCGGGACCUCUUUGAGCCAGUCCUGAGUCAGCUUCAGAGCCUGAAGGCGGUGCUGGAGAGGCAGGCGUCCUAUCGCUUCUACUCUUCGUCACUCCUCAUCAUCUAUGAGGGAAAGUUGCCUGAGCGAGGACCCGGACAGACAACAUCCCCCUCCCCCUCCCCUCCCCCUUCCCCUCUGCAGCCCACUUUAGUGGAUGUACGCAUGAUUGACUUUGCCCACUCUACCUUUAAGGGUUUCCGUGGCGACACAGCAGUGCAUGAUGGGCCGGACCAGGGUUACGUGUUCGGACUGGAGAGUCUGGUCCGAAUCCUGGAGGACCUGAGGGAUAAUAACCUGUAACAAUUACACACAAACAUACAAAGACACACACAGCAACACACAACUCACAUACACACACACACACACACACACACACACACACACAAACACAGAGUUGUAAAAGGAUCUGGUUGUUUUAGAAAUGGAAUGGACACCCAGAGCUGUACAUAGUCCAUGUUGGACCAGAGCCAUAUAUAGACAGAGUUGGUCCAGGUUGUGUUGUGGUCUAAUGAGGUGUUGGAUGUAAAUAUAGAAUAAUACCUGCCACGAUGUCACCAUGGUAAGAGACAACAUUCAAAAGACCAGCUGGCAGAGAAUCCUGAUACCUAGCAACCACCUUGCA